UCUCCCAUUUACUGUGUACCAAUAUCCAUGAUCUGAUGGUUCUGGAAAAAGUUUUAUUUUUUAGCUGCUUACAAUUAGAAUCUCGGAUUGAGGGAAAAAAAUUUUGAAAUGAAAGGGUGUAUUUAAUUUAUAUUUUUAUAUUGAUUUAUAUAAGAGAAAUGUUUCUGUUUGCAUUUUUUUAUGUAAUAUUUUCUUCAUAUUUUUUUUACAAAGGAAUAGAUUUUCUUCUCUUAGAAAGAAUGAGGUAAUUUUCAAUUUUGAUACGUUUUAAAAAUUCGGUAUUCCAUUAAUUACGAAAUCUCAACACAAUAGAUUCAGAGAGAGAGAGAGAGAGUGCUUUUGAAAAAAACCUUUUACAACCUACUAUUUCCAAAGCUUUUUUAGCAAAAUUUUAAAUUAAACUGAUUUUUCCAUUCAUUCACUACUACAAAUAUAUUUUAAUUCAGGCAACCUCUGCCGUCUCAUUUGUGCUAACAAUAUAAUAAGAAGGGCGCGCGUUAAGUAAAAAAAUUCAUCGCAAUUGUGUCAUGGUCCACCCAUUAUUUUUAUUUUCAUCUAGAUUUUGUAAUAUUUAUAUAAUACAAAAAAAUAAUAAUUAGUUCAAGUUUCUUUACUUGUAAGGAGCAUCGUCUUUCCAUCAGGCAGGGUGUAGAAGUAUGAGGGCUAAAACAAUCAAAUCGCUUUGAUGUUACAUAAUUACUUCCCUAAUUGAUUUACAUUCUUUUCACAAACGAAAUUAACACACUGCGGCUUGAAGCACGGAGGUGCAGGUGUUGUUGAUCCCUUUAAUAUUAAUAAGGCGUCUAAAUUAUUUGUUUAAUACACUCAAGAUCGAUUACUUGGCAUCCAAAGACGUAUAAAUUUGAACAAUUUUUGUCCGUGGUUGCAACGCUGCCAUUAGUUUUGUCAAUGUUCAAAUGUACGCAGUUCUCAGUGUUGUUCGUGUUGUCAGGCUGUCCGGACUGCCAAAUAUUUGAAACGUUGCUGAAAGUGGAGUUCGAGAGACACCACUGGAAAGUGGCGUUUGCACUAAUUCUUCGGCCGGACGUCCAGUAGUGCGCGUUGUAUUUCCAAAGUGGGGCUGUUAAUAAUUUAAUGGAAAAUAGAACUGGUAAGAUAUUUUACGUUUUGCCAAGUUAAUCAGACACUGUCGUUUUGUGUCAUUUUCAAUCAUGAUUGGCGUCAUUCCAAUACUGCAACAGCGAUCAACAUUUUCUUGCCAGUUCACCUAAAUAAUUUAUAAUGCAAACUCAGAAAUCUUAAAAUGCUAGUUUAUUUUAUCGUUCUAAAGAAAUAGGCUACGUAACAAGAUAAUUUAUAUUUAUAACCUGACUUUAUUUAUUUAUUAAUAUUUUUCUUCUAAUCCUAAUGGGAAUGGAACCGGUGGUAGCCGUCAGGCGUGCUGUGCUUAAUCUUGAGGGCCAAUAAUAUGGUUUCCUUGGACACACUGGGACAGGGUGAAAGGAGUAUAGGAUGUUGGGAAUUCCAAGGAUGAGGGAGCUCUUCUGAAAGAGUCCCAGAGGGUCCCUCGGUCGCAGGUCUGCACUAGGAUUAUAAUUAUGGAUGACGUCCUCAUUCCCGUCUACUUCACUGAUCGAGCCGAGUCCGCCUUGGACAACUGCGAUCGUGUUAAUCAACACUUCGGGACGGCGGCCAUCAAGACUCAUAUAAAUGUGGCAAGCCCAGUACCUGACUCUCGCCCUGAACAGGCAGACCUUGAGUUUCAAAGAGCGACGGAACACAAUCGCUGCCAACCUUUACCAUCUUCGGCGUAGAGCCCGAGCAACGCCUGGCACAGUUCUGAGGAGAGUCUCGUUUGAGUCACACGAUGGACCCUUUAACUACGAGUACCUAACUGCCAGGCAAAGGGACAACAUCGUCCGCAAUCCAUCAGAUGGCCAUCUGUAUGCUCUAUUCAUUUUAGCUGCUACCAACAACCUGACCUACGACGGGGAAUUAAGUGCCGAGUCCCUUGCUGAACUGAUCAGAUCUGAGCAGGCGAGACGAGGACCGGGACCGGCCUGAAGGAGCUCUACCCAACCUUCCCUUGAUCUAGCUCUAGUUCUCUACAUAGAUCUUUUACUCGUUUCGUCAAUAGACACGUUUCUAUAGUUUUCAAUAACCAACCAACGCUUUUUAUUUGACUUCUCUUCU